UGGCAAAAGUUAAAGAAGGAAGCAUGGUGGAAGUUAACUGGAAUUUAUGCUGCAAAUCCAUGUAUUCCCGCUAAAAUUAUCGCCUUGGCUGGUAAGUGUUAUUGUUUUCAUUCUGAAAUUACAUGAAAAAGAAAGGCCAUUUUACUACUGAGAGCAACAACAACAGCUUUCUGCUACAAGGUUCUUCAUUGUUUUUAGUAUUAAUAUAUAAUCACACAUGCUAUGAUUGAUUAAUAUUACGCCAGUUUCUUCAUUUGUACAUUACCACAAAAGGGCAAUUUCAGGACUUAAAAUAAUUUUCAGACUUGGGUGGCAGUCACCUUACCCGGCAAAAAAAUUUUAGCUCAGCCAAGACCGCCUUUUUGACACUUCAAAAUAUAGCAAAUGAAAAAAAAAAAGACUCUAAGGUAGCAGCCAAAGAAGCAGAAAUAUAAGGUCACCUAUUGAAUAGACGUUGCGAAAGUUAAAUGAAGAUUUUUUAGCUUUAAAUAGCUCAAUACACUUGCAAAUCACAAAAAAUACAAUAGAUGUAGAGUCACAAGAUUGUUGUCGAAAGCGCAACUCAUGAUGAUGGACAUAACCUGUAAAUUUUAUUAUCUCAUUGUCAAAACAGCCUGUACAAAAGAGCUUUUUAGAGCUUUUUCAGUUUGUGUUGCUUAUCAAACUGUUACCACUUUCUGCAGUUAAAAGGCCCAAAAAACACAUACAUGGCAGACUGAAUCUGUGAAUAAUUACAAUAAACUAUCACAACUACGUCCCCACUAUCUGAACGCCUGGAACAGGCUAAACAAUCACCCAACUGGUCUUAAUAUUCAGUGUCUUAUGAUUAAAUUUCCUUCACAUCCCGAGCUUGACUUGGAACGGGUUCAAACAUCCUGCACUGGUGAACAAAUGAAGCUAACAUGUGAAGAAAAGGACCUUGUCCAAUGGCCACGGUCAAGUAAACGAAGCAACAAAGAGGACACUACUGGACACCAACGAAAGCGUGGUAAAAAAUCCUGCAGUGUUGAUGACCUUCCAAGCACUUUGAAACAAACCAGUGAGAUCGGGCAAUCUCCAGUGACUACUAAGCUGCGCUCUUCUCCACUACCCUCAAUAGAGGGUAACAGUUCAGCUGGAAGGUCCAAGCAACUUGCCGAUUGCCAACCUGAAAAGCAUCUCAGCGCUGUCCUUGAGACUGAUACAGGUAACCAACCAACACGUUCCGAUAACUUCACAGCCCGGUAAUUUACUGACACCUUUCGCUCUACCAGAGAUUGAACAUCCAACAUCAAGUGUUUCCUCUAGAGAGUUUUGUUCCAACAUCUCCUGGAGCAGAAAUUUUCAAGGACGAUGACUUUUUAGCAGGAAAUAGCCACAUGAAAUGACAGUAGUAAUCAAAGCUUACCACCUCUGGCCAUAACAUGCGCAUCAGAUGCUGCAGACACCACUACAAAUACAACAACAUAUUCUGCUCUGCAGCCGGUUAAAACCAGCUAUAAUUUUUUGGCUUCAGUGCCAUCUUUUGAUGUUCUUAACACUCUUCUGGGAGGUGCCAACCUUAGCUACAUAAAUAGGGGCCUAGGUACCCCUCUGUUUCCCACCCAACCCCCUCCGUUCACACUAAGUGAAAAUUAAAGUGCAAUAAUAUAUAGAUUUAGCCAGGGCUAAAAGCGAAGCUCCCGUUAAUAAAUUCAUAAUUUAAACAUUCAUGUGACUUUUGAGGCAAAGGCUAAGUGAUUUUAGAGAAAAAUAAUUUGACAGUCCAAGAGUGAAACAAAUUUUACAUCGAGUUAAUAGUCUUAAUUAUACACCCAAAAAUAGCAAUCAUGUUCGAUCACAGUAGAUUAGGCCUGGAAAGUGUAUUGUAUUUGCAUUAACUGUUGCAUCAUAAUGUGGCAUUCACCAGUCUCUCCAACAUUGCUCCGUUUGAGAGACUAAUAAUUGGACAACCCCGAAAUAUAAUACUAUGAAGGAAUGGCGAAGCAGACUAUUUUUCCCAAAACUUCGUGUACACAUUAAGGACAACAACAACUUGCCAGAUGGUAAGUUUCAUCAAUUUUUAUUUCCAUUUUCUAGCAAAUUUCCAGACCUUAACUUCGCCCCAUGUGUUCUCUAUAUUUAAGCAUGUUAUGAAAUCUGAACGUGACACUAUAAACAGUGAGCCUGGGUUACCUUUGAUGAAAGCACACCCUUCCUUUGCACAGCAAAUUAUAGCAUUGACCACAUUAUAAAACGUUUUCAUGAACAGAAUUCCAUAAUGCCGGGACUUUUCAGUUAGAAAAAUCUGGUCCUAUGUGAUAUGCAGGGUAAUAAUUAUGGGCUUUUAAUGAAAACGAUGAAAAAAUUCCCAAAAUCACCUUUUCGGCCAGCCGGACGGGUUCUCACUUUUGACAGGCACCAAAUUUGCAGUGCGAUUAAAAGAGUUACCAUUUACGCCUCAACAUGAUAGAGAAUUUCUUAUGUUUAGGUUUUAUUCCCUUUAUUUAUAAAACUGUUCAUGGUUUUGUUGUGUAAUCUUUAAAAAUGAGUGAUAAUUUAUGCGCGGCGUUUUGAGUAUUCCUGAAUGCGAUGUUUAUGUUCGCCUCGAAACAACCGGUGCAGCGAUAAAAAUUGCAAGAGGGACUACUAACAAUCAAUAAAAUAAAUAUAAUUCGAUGAAACAUGUACAGAGACAAUAAUUUUCAUUCACGAAGACAAGCAUUGAGAGUAAAGUGUCUCUGAAAAUCAUGAGUCAGGUAAGCAUAAGCUUGUUUAUGUUUUAAGCCGGCUUCCCGGUGUUUGCGCUUUUUCAAGAUGAACUCAAGGCAAGAAAAUCGUUCAGAGCUUUCUGUUUACAGCCAAAAUCAUAACUAAAUAUUCUUCGGAACCUUUUCUUUGAAUCUGUGGUCAAAAAAAUGUCAAAAGGCUUUUUAAACCUGAUACUACUGUAGGUUAGUGCUCGUGUAUAAACUUAAGCCGCAUAAACAAUACGCUCAACUUCAGGAAACCGAAAAAAAAAAACACAUCAAAGACAAUAACUGCUCAGGCUUACCAGUCGAGAUGCUGCUUCUGUAGGUCAUCAAGUGUUCCAGAAUCGCUUCAGACUUUUCAACCCUCUUACGCCUCAAGCAAGGGCAAGUGAGUAAGCUCAUUUUUGAAAACGAUGCCAUCCGAAAUCGGAUUUCCAAUGACUUUGACAAGCGGUGCAUUUGUCAACAAAAAGCACAAUAAACAAACCAGCCAUGAAUUACAGAACAAUCUUGAUAGCAGCUGUAUUUCAUUUUAUACGGCAAGUGGAAAAAGACAGUUUAAAACAUUACAAGAUGACACAAAACUCUGUCAGCUUCAGCUAUCAGUAAGCAAGUUUCCAGACGCUGCAUAAAUUUUCCGCAUGAGCUCACCUGUCAAAUUUUGACCAAUCAGAACAUAAAAAUUGUACGUAGAGCGUGAUCAACGCGUGACAGUGAGAAAAGUCAAAAACGAUUGCCUUCCCUGCAUGUAAAGGCCGGUUGAAUUUUCGCGUCUGAGGACAGUUCGAAAUCAAAAUUUAAAAAGUGCGCCUCAUGAACACGACUUAUUUCAUACCUGCAUUUUAAAAAAAUUGAACUUGAGCCUGCGAUCAUUUGAAAAGUAGCAACUUGUCAGCGGAUAACUUCAAAAAACACUCGAACUCAGUGGGUCGAUACCUGAGCCCACGAUACGGUCAGGCGAUACUGGUCAGCAGAAACACUGUUUUGACAGCUGUCAAUUAAUCAAAACAUGGAUUACAAUAUCAGCUUGCAGGCUUUCAAACUAGCUAGAAAGUGUAAGAUUAAACAUUGGUAUGCCUGUGGUGCGGACGGAAGGUCGGGUGGUCGAUGUCAGUCACGUGAUUGCGAAUUUUCUCGGAUGGAUAGAUUUUCUAAGCUAUGGGUGAUAUCAAUACAUAGAAAAAUGAGCCCGCCAUACAGUCAGGUGAUGGUGGUCAGCGUAUACUCUAGUUUGACAGCCGUCAAUUAACCUUCAUUGGAGUGGCGAAUAUUCGAAUUAACAGACUACGAGUGUGAGUAAGACAUAUCCCUCCGGCUUGUAGUGACAGCUGUCAACUGACCUUAAUUUAGCUUGCCAAUAUAACUUUAAACAACUGUCAGCCGACUGACAGCCCUGCCCGGGGUAGUUUCGUUUUUAUGUUGAAUUGUUAAGUGUGACAUAUUAUAUCAGCUUACAUGUAGGGGCAAAACGACUGGUCUUUGAUGUGAGCCCGCGAGAUGGUCAUGUGAUAAUUGUCAGCGGAUGUCUGAUUUUGACAGCUGUCAAUCUAAUUGUACUUAUACGGAUGGCUUACAAACCUGAAAGGCUAGUCAAGUUGUGCAAGAUCUAUUGUGACAUUUGACAUCGGCUUACAUGAAGUGUGUGUACGGGCGUACGCUACGUCAUAACCAAAUUUUCUCGGAUGGAUAGUUUACCAAAUUUUGUUACCCAUGGUGCUCCGCUGCGCGCGCUUCGCGCGCGGGAGCUCCGCUAUUAAAUACUCUUUCGUUGGUUCUCUCGAAUCAACAUGUCAUUUUGAACGAACUUGAAGCUGUUGUGGCCAAAGCGCAGUCAAUUAUGAAUUCACGUCCUGCUGAUGUCUUUUGGAGGCGCUGGCUGCGGGAAUACGUUCUGACGUUACAGAAACAUCAUAAGUGGUUCUCCUUUUGUCGUGAUCUGAAGGAGGAUGACUUGGUCUUGAUUGUAGAUGAGAAUAUCCCUCGAGGUCAGUAGCGUUUAGGUCGUGUCGUUCUGGUCCACAAGGCGAACGACGGCCACGUACAAUCUGCAGUCAUCAAGACGAGGAGCGGCCACCUGACCAGGCCUAUUUCCAAACUUUUCAUUGUCCACAUGAGUAUCGAAUUUUGUAGGCUAUAUGUAACAAACUUCCUUGUUUUUGAUCCCAAGUAGUUUGAUAUGGGUGGGAAUGUUAAGGACAGUUACCACUCUCUCGGGACCUUUCCAAUCAGUGCCUUUUCAUAACUUAUGGUCAGUUUGUGGUUCCCUUGAGAGCCUGUAGAAUUUGUAUAUUUCAUUGCUAAUUUUGUGCACCGCGUCGUUGUCAGUUGUUAUUGCGUCUCGCUGGUGCAGCAUCCAAGCGUUCUGCCUUUGCCGUUUGUCUUUCUCCGCAUUGCUACACAAUCGGUAAGAUUUGUACUUCCUAGUGCCUUUUUUCUUCAUAAGUACGUUUUCCUUAUCGUUAUUUUUCUAUUAAUUUCUUUUUAGCAAACCUCUAUUUGUCACCGGGAGAAGCGUUUGCAAAGCAGCGAUUUUGAUCCUUGUACAGCGAUAUGUGUAUCAAUAAAAAAUAGGUUACGCGGCUAUCUGUAACAGGUGAAGUAAGAAUUUAUUUGAUCUUAUUGAUAGAUCCAUUUAGAACAGCUUUGUGAUUCAUAAAGAAUCCCACUCCAUGAGACUAUGAGAGUGAAAGUGUUUUGGACUGAGCUUGCCAAGCAGCUGAUAGGCAAUUUUUCUUCACAAAGGAAACGUGAAAGGCCCUCCGAUGAACAAGUAUUACUCGCAAGACAUGUUGAAAGACAUUUUCCUGAUUUUCUCCCACUUAAUGAGAAAGGGGAAGAAAGAGAGAAGAUGUAAAGUUUGCUAUGAGCAGGGUAAAGUAAAGAAGACAAGCUACUUCUACCCAGAUUGUGACGUUGGCCUUUGUGCUGCACCUUGCUUUAGACUCUACCAUGUACCAAGGACUGUUUAAAGUGUCUUAAAACUAUGGGAGGUAUUCCGGCCAUGCAUACGGUAGCGUUUUGUAGUCAAAGCUUGUCAAUUACUAAUACUAAGUUGCUUUUGCAAUUCUGGUGUAUUUUUGUAUAUUAUGUGACCUCUCAUUUUGAAUGACCAAAACAAAUUUAAAAUGUUAAUCUCUUUGUUUUAGGGUACAAGAGCUAUUUUUCCUAAUUAAGUACAAAAUUCUACACAGUAGUGAGGACAACUGUGUUAUGCAUUUUUGUGACUGUGCUUAUUUAAUAACUUUGACAUAUGAUGACAGAUGUCAAUUAACAUCAACCAUUUUUUGGAACACUAGAAGUUUGGUGGUAACAACAUUAAGGUAUCUGCAAAGCAAAUUUUGCACAUUUUCGCACCAUUUUUAGUGGUUGUUUUAUGGAUAAUAUCUAUAUGUCACUACAUUGACAGUAUUCCUCAGUUCUUGAGGAACUAGAAUAUAUCAAAAUAACCUAUGUUAUGUCACCCAAAAGGUGUUAAUUUAAUUACCCCCUGGGGUGGCACGGAAAGAGAAAAAUCAAAAUUUCAGAAGAAUCCUUAAGAGUUAUUGUUAAAAAAGAAAUGUAACACAAAUAAGGACGUAAGAUAGAAUAAUUCUGUGUUUGACCACGACACAGCUCCAAUUAAUCCAGCCUCUAGGGCACAAUUUGCUAUUUUGUAAUUUGACCCAUAUUUUGACAUCAAUAACUCAGCUGUACGGCAAUUCUAACCUUUAGUCAAACACAGAUCUGUUCAUUAACAUGCUGUUUGAGUAUUUGCCAAAUUUCACGAAGUAAUAAUGAUCCAUUCCUCCAAAAAACUGGUUCCCGUAAGUCAAGGUAAAUCGGUCACGCGGUAAUUAACGCUUUUCCAGUGUGAAAAAGCUUAUUUUCUUCUCAAAAUCAACUUUUUUUCCUCGAUACUACCAUCACAGACCUUAUUGCCCGCCAUUUUGAAUCACCGCUGUGUAAAAUGCUCGUGGAAGCCUAAGAAAAUGCCAAAUGACCUCUCUAUAGCCCCCUUGGAUUUUGAUACGUGACCAGUUGCUAGGUGUGACGCAUUUCCGGAAGAUGCGUUACUCAGUGUCAGCUUUAAUGCAGUGAAGCGCGCCGAAGUAUGAAGAUUGAAGAAGAGUUUUAUUCAAAAUUGAAAAGAAUUGCUUCUGUAAAGUGAAAGAAAUUGGCAGAAAAACAGACCAGAGGAUUAGGGGCCAAGAAAACGUUUUACUCUCCCGGCAAAAUUGUCAGAAAAUAUCAGGUGAGAAGACACACCGAUGUAAUGUAAAUUUAAAACAAUAAUAAGCCCUGGAAAACGGAGUGUAUUUCAAGAACAUAACAAAUUUUGACAAGAAGCAAGUAAUAUUAGUCAUCACAGCUUUAACAGAAGCAAGAAAAAUCAAGUUGGACACACAGCGGCUGUAGUUUGUCAAUGAAUCCAAGCAGUGAAUAGAUUUUGUUCAGCGCAUCAAUAGAACUUGAUGCUGGAAAGAGGAGUCAAAUUGCGCUCCUGCCGUCCUUUUCCUUAGUAACGGAAAUGAAAAUUUUUCUUUAACUUCCGGUAAAUCAGUCAACUUUUGAGUAGAUUUUCUCUUAAAUGCCAAGGUAUAUUCAAAAAAGAACACCAGAUAUGCAUAUUACAUCAUCUGAACUUACUGUAGAAAGAUUUUGAGGGCAAAUAAAAUGUUGAAAAUUUGCCUGUGCAAAUACCUUAAACCUGAAUAUUUUACAGGUUUUUCUUCCUUUUGCAUUUUAAACCUCAUCAAAAUUCCAAAAUUAAUUUGGGCUGCAAAGGGUUAAAACAUUCUACUUUGAGCUAAUACUGGAAUAUUUACAACCACAGUUACAAGCACAAGGAGAGGCGCCAGCCCUUUUGUUGUGCAAAUUUGGUGAUGAUGAGGUUAUGUGAAAUUGCCUAGGAUAAAAGUCGCUCGACAAUUCAACAGAUAAGGGAGAAGCGACAACACAUUCCAUGUAUACAAGAUGUAGAUGACCCUGCCAUUCAGUUGUACACCCAGACUGGUACAUUAAAGUAGGGUGGUGUUGAGCUUCCCAUCUACAGGUGUGCCUGGGGGCCAAUGUCAUUGGAGUCAUUCCAUUUACACAUUGAUUAAGAAUGGCAAAUACACAAAAUCUUUUACUUAUAACAUAAUUAUUUCCUAAUCGUCAUAAGUAAUCACCUCCAUUACAAACAAUUCUUGAGGAAAGAGAUAUGAAGAGAUGUAUGCCGAUGUAUUACAUUCUAACUACUGUCUAUGUUUCUUAAAAACUUAUACUGAAAGAGAAAGCCGUCUUCUACAAUGAUAUAAGACCACCUUAUACAAAAAUAACAUCAUUCUUUUGGCAUUCACUUAUAAGCUUGAAUUUUUUACAUGUAUGUUAUGUAUGUUAUGUGGACACGUUAUGUCCACUUCCAGUGCUAUGUCCUCCAAGGCAUUGCAGGCUGGAAUGAAGACAGGGCUUCAGCAGCCUUGAUGGAUAGGGGUGGAAAUUCACAAACAAGCAGCUACUCUUCUCCAGUAAAGCAUGAAAUCAACUACUUGAGUAAAAUG